ACACCAGAACGCGUCAAGAAGCAGCAAUGAGCCGCCGAGGACUGCCGCCGCAGGCGCCAGCGGGUAUUCCCGACAUGCAGCAGAUGAUGCAGGCCAUGAUGGAACGUUCGCGCAUGGGCGGUGAUGGCGGCGUAUCUGGCUCGGACGACGAGUUUGACGAAGAGUUCGACGACGACGACAACUACGACGACGACUACGCCCCGCUCAAGCCCACGCGCCGCACGCCCGCGUCGGAAGCUCGUCUCGAGCUGCGCCAGUCGCAGAUGUUUGUGCCACGGCGCUGCGAAGUCGUCGGUUGUGACCGCGCCGACGUCAAGCACUGCGCCAAGUGUCGCUGCGUCUUUUACUGCGGCCGCGAGCACCAGCUCCAAGACUGGCCGCGCCACAAGAUCGACUGCAAGCACAUUGCGUCCUUGGGCCUCUCGGGCAUUCCGUACAACGAGGCCGACGAGCUGCGCAAGUACCCGAUCGGGUGCUUCCCCGUCGAAGCAUCGGACCUCGAGACGUGCUUUGUCUGCGGCGCGGGCGAGAACGAAGUCAACUUGGGCACCACCGAGUGCUGCGGGCUCACGGUCUGCGACAACGAGCACGAGUACCAGAUGAUGAGCUACAGUCGAACUCACUGCAUGCGGUCCCACAACCGGUACACGACGUGUGGCUCGCACGCCAACGAAGGACACGGGCACAGCGACUGGCGCACGUGCCCGCAUGUGGACUGCGCGCAGCAGCGCGAGAGCCCGGACGACGAACAAGGCGGGGGCGGCGGGCGCAGCUGGUACAGCACCAACGGCUUCAACUCGACGCCGAUGCUCGGGUCGUCGAUUCCAAAGGGAAGCAUGAUCACGGGCAAGUGCGCGACGUGUCCGCGCCGCCUCUUGAGCGGCUGGGAAGGCGUGACCAUGUCGCGCGCCGGCACGCAGUGCACGCGCUGCAGCGCUCACUAG